CUCUUCUUUUUCCGGUGAAAAACAAAUCGCGCUAUCGACACAGGCGGUGGGGGAGAGAGGGAAACGGAUUUCGUGUCUGCCUCGGCCAAGGGCGGCGUCGUCGGCGUCGGCGUGGGCCUCGAAUCGCUCAUGGGGCUUCCGGCGCUGCAGCGGAUCAUCUCCAUGCAACGGGAGCGGCGCCGCCGGCAAACGCGAGCCCGUGGCGGAUCAAUUGCUCCGGUGCCUAAAAGAAAGUCACCAGCCCUCCAGCAAGAUGGUACUUCUGAAGGUGGCAAAAGAAUGAAAUAUCUGCCGAGUCUUCCGGAGGACAUCUGGUGGCAUAUACAUUCACUAAUGCCAAUGCGAGAUGCUGCUCGAGCUGCCUGCGUUUCUCGUACCUUUAUGCAUUCCUGGAGACGCCGUACCAGCCUCACCUUCAGUAAAAAAACACUAGGCAUUGGUGAAGAUGUGUGUGAAAAGGAUGGUAAAGCAAGAGAUCUCACCUUCAAAGUUGACAGAAUUUGGAUAGAACACCCAGGCAUUGGUGUGAAGGAAGUCAGAAUUGAGUUCUAUGAUAACACGACCAGGGUCUGUUUUCUUGAUCGCUGGCUUCAGAUUGCCGUCACACCUGGGAUUGAAGAACUCAUUGUUAUUCCUUCUGUGGGCCAUAAAAGGUACAACUUCCCAUGGUCACUUUUAUCUGAAGGAAGUGGAAACUCGAUUCGGUGUCUGUUCCUUUCCAGGUGUGUGUUCUGUCCAACAGUCGGACUUGGCUUGAGAAGUUUGACUCAAAUUACGCUGUGUUAUGUCCAUAUUACAGGAAAUGAGCUAGCCUGCCUUCUGGACAAUUCUUUUGCUUUGCAGCAGUUGGGACUCAGCCAUUGCAGCAAGAUAAUUAGACUGAAGAUACCUUCCCUGCUGCAGCGGCUCAUCACCCUUGAAGUGUCUGCAUGUAAGAGGCUGCAGACAAUAGAGAUUGAAGCUCAAUGUUUAUCCAAAUUUUGGUUUAGUGGUGAGCGGCUAGUACAACUCUCGUUUGGAGAAGCAUUGCAAUUGAAGACCCUAGACAUGCACUGUCAUGGUGCUGUCUGUGAGGCUCGUGCCAAUCUUCCGUCCACCUUGCCAAAUCUUGAAACACUUUCUGUAUUUUCAUAUUUUGAGACGGUCAAUACACCGAUGGUCGGUAGCAAAUUUCCAUUCCUCAAGCACUUGACUGUUAAACUUGCUGCGGCCCCAGCCUAUGAUUAUUGUUCUCUGAUAUCAUUUUUUGAUGCUUCUCCUUCAUUGGAGACGUUCUUCUUGAAUGGGUUCGAGGGAAGCAUGCAACAUCCAUCCAUUUUGGCAGAUCCUUCAGGUCGGAGGCAGAUGCCGAAGCACCGCCAUGACAAGCUCAAGAAUGUGACUAUUGCUGGUUUCUCCUCUGCAAAGAGCUUGGUUGAUUUAACCUGUCAUAUUCUUGAGAGUUCAGAGUCACUUGAGAGUCUUACAUUGGACACCACGGAAGGAUAUGAUUACCUUAGGUGUUCUGUCAACAGAUCUGGCAAAUGCUUCCGCAUGCGCAGGGGUGCCAUCUUGGAAGCUCGUCGUGGGCUCUUGGCUAUCAAGACAUACAUUGAGGGAAUUGUUCCGCCGAAAGUGAAGUUCACUGUUGUGAAGCCUUGCAGCCAGUGCCAUGUUGUUGAGCUUUAGAUGCCAGGUUAUCCGACGAUAUAGUCAUACAGUGUCCUAGUAUAUGUUAAUUUCUAAAUGUUGAACGCUUUAGGUGAAGGUGAAACCAAUAGACUCCCACUUUUUGAAGGGCUUGAUGAGGGUCAAGGAUUGCUUUCUCGAAUCUGCUGGGUGUUUUCAAAUAUGAAGUGAGACACAAGUGCGGUUUUGGGAGAACUGGUAUGAGCAUGAUUACUCUGUUUAGUUUGAUAUCAUCUGUCGUAAAGGAUUGCUUUCCUUGAAUCCCUUCUCAUAGCUUGUCACAUUUUUUUUACUGCAUAUUUUUGUUUUUUGGUUACAGUGGGUACUCUGAAGUCUUGUUGUUCUAUUAUUAUGCACAUUAUGUUGUUGCCCAAUGUUUUCAAGUCAGUUUGGCUGUGUAGAAACGAUAUUAGUUCAAGUUCAUAGUCUUGUGAGGAUAUAUUUUGCUCAUG